UCUUUCCUCUUUUUUUCUUUCAGUUUUUCCGCAUUUUUUUUAUCCUACCGAUGUGAGUGGGUUUGUGUGUUUGUGUAGGUAGAGAGAGAAAGGUGUCAAAGAAGUAGAGAGAGAGAGAGAGGUGUCAUGUGGCAAGAAACAAGAAACGUCUCAUGACUUUAGGACGAAAAAAAAAGAACUCAUUUCUCUCUCUCUCUCUCUCUUUCUCAGAGUAAAGAAUCGAAAGCCCCGCGCGCACACGCCCGACAUCGAAGGCGCUAGGGUUUCUCUCGAUCCGCGCGCCCAAAUUCCGCGCGGCCUGAGCUCGAUCCCUUCUUGAAUCCGCCACCGUCCGCUCCGACGCGGGCCACUCCACUCGGGGGAGGUCUUCAUCCGAAGAGGCCGGGGGCGGGGGAUUCCAAGUCGAGUGCGGAUAGGGCACAGUUUGACUCGGGCCUCUGAGAGAUCGAGGCAGCUUGCUUUGAAGUGAAAUGAUCGCAUGACUGCACAAACAGCCAACGUGGCCGCGUUGUCAAUCGCAUCUCAACAUCAAUGGAAUCAUUCACCCAAAUCGACUCAAUAUCAAUAGAUCUUCUCGGGGUUGCUGGAAAAAGUAAUACCAAGUGUGAGCACUUCUCAAUCCGUAAAUAUGUUUCUGGGAUGCGGCAAAAAGAAAGCAAGCUAUGUUGGCCGUUCAAAUUGGAGAAAGACACCUCAGAAGUGCCAAAAGACAUGCUUCCACCACUAGAUGUUCCAAAGUUCAGAUGGUGGAGAUGCCAAACUUGCGUUCCAGAUUUGUGCAUUGAAUCUACCCCUGCUGAAAAAGUCAUUGAUAAUUCUGUUUUUAAAUGCAAAUGUGAGAGCACCAGUAUCAAUCUGUUGAACCAAAGUCAAACUGCAACUGUUGCCUCUGAUCUUCGGCAGAUAAGGAGUGUAGGCAUUGCUAGCACAGGAAAGUCUGAUGCUACUAUAUUACCUCAAGUUAAUGGCAGUGAUGUUCGAGCUUCAUUAUAUUCUAAUGAGAAAAAAGACAAAGAGGAUCAAACUUGCAUUCUGAUCUCCAAAGAAGUUGGCGUCAGCCAGGGAAAGGGAAAGGAUGCUGAUGACACAGACUGUGGAGUUCAAGAAGUUUUUGGCCGUGGAAGUUCUUCCGAAAUCAUUCAAUUGGGGAAACAACCAUCUAAUCCCGAUUCUGUGAAGGCAGGCAAUGGCUCUGAGUGCGUUGGGGUUGUUUUGAUUGAUGGGGUGGAUGAUGCAAUGACGGUUCAAGAGAAGAAACAUCCUUCAGAAGAACUGGAUAAACAUGACUGCCCAUCGUCUGACAGUGGCGACCUCUCUGAGGAUAAUUUACAUGCUAAAAACGUUAAUUUACGCCGUAGAAGAAAUCGGAAGGUACGUCUGCUAACUGACUUGUUGGGUAAGGAUGAAAGUACGCAUCCAGAUCAAACCCAGAAAGCAAAUGCUCCUUGUCUUGCUACAUGCGAUGAGUCUGCGAAGAUAGGCAUAGCAUCUGUGACAGAUCGCCCUAUUGUGGUCCCUGACAAUGUUAAAAAGGUUUUAAAGAAAAGGAAGAGAAGUUCGCCUUUUGAUCAGGACAGCAAGCAGAAGGAUUCUAUGACUCCUAGACAGGAAAGCGGGAAAGAAAUUGUUUUCAAAGAUGGUGCUGGGAAUUCCAGUGCUGUUAUUGAGUCUCAAAUUGAAGACGAUGAACUUGCUAGAAUGGAUUCACAAACUGUCAGAAAGAAUCAUUGGGCUAAACACGAGGAUGCAGUAAUAUGUGCAACCGUUAAGAAGAAAAAGAAGAACCAUGUUAAUGAAGAUAUUUUCCACUAUAAAUCUGGACAGAUUGGUACCAAACCAGCUGAUCUCAUGUUUUCAUUUAGACAUGAGAUAUCUGCAAGUGCAGCCAGAGAAACGAAUUCUUUUCUUAUCCCUGCAUCGAAGAAUGACAGAAGUUUGCUUUGCAAUGACAAGACAGCAAUGCCUCAAGAAAAUUGUGGCCAGGUUUCAGUUACUCAUCCAAUCAGUAACCCCAAUCCUUCAGGAGGGAUGUUUAUGAGGACAGACUCCAGAGUCAUGCACUCCAGUCCUCCACCUUUCUGGUUCAUACCCACCAGUGAUGCUUCUGUAGAAAAUAGAUCCCAUGUUUCUUCCAAAAGCUGUUUGCUUCCUCCCAAAGUCGACAAAGCAUAUGCCACUCCCACUCAAUUCGGUUUGGCUUCUUCUUUCAAUUGGCCGGAAGGUGCUCGAGAAGAUUCACUUAUUCUCAGAAAGCGGGAAGCCAGACCCGUAGAGCCAAAGCGUCCUUCUAGUUGUGGAUCUGAUGCUUUUCCGGGUAAAGGGGAUCGUGAUGUCAUUAGCAAGGGAUCCACCCGUAAGAUUGCUAAAGUUCAGACUGAGAAGCAAAGUCACGCCUUGAAUUUAGAGAAUGCAUUUUCUUAUAUGAAGCCACAAAUGCAAGAUAUUUCUGGGAUAAGUAGCAGAGAGAAAGCCACUAAAUCUCAGGAGUCCUCUGCAAUUAUGAAGCAAUAUCAUGACGAAAAAUCUGGUAAAGCUUCUGAGCAGACAACUGUAGAUGACAUACCAAUGGAAAUUGUUGAACUCAUGGCAAAAAAUCAAUAUGAAAGAUCUUUAGAUGGUGCAGGAAGAACUAAACUCCUGCCAAGAACAAGUAAGUCAAUGGAUUCUGGCAGUUCAAGGAUUGUCAAAGAAUGCAGAAACAGGGAGCUGAACUUAUCGCAAAAGGAAAGCAUUCCAAAGAGGCAAAUUCACUCUGGAAAUCCUCGAAGUGUUGUGGUUGGAAAAGAUUUCAGAUCGCCCAUGCAAAAGAUUGUUCAGAACUCUUCUUGCCCAAUCACAAAUUAUACUAGUGUUGGCCAAGUAGAAGGUACUCCUAAUACUGCAAGGCAUGUUAUGUUUUCCCAGGACCAAGAAAAGUCAGUUAAGGUCCGAGUAUGUGUUACGGAUCCUUCGAGGCAGGGUACUAUUUUGAAUGGCACAAUGAAUGAAGAUAUGUGUAGAAACAAGCCCUCUGAUACUAAUUCCGAGCGUUUACAAGCACGUAGCAGAAUCCAUAUUCCCCGACAAGGUGACGAACCGGUUCGUUUGUCGUCAUCCAUGAUACCAACCCACAUGCCCUUUGUGUACAGUCUCCCUCCUAACGGGGGACUUCACUCUAACCAUAUGGAUGUUCAAUCAUAUCGCCCCAAAACACCACCCAAGGUGGAUAUGAACUGGAGUCGGGAUCCCAGAUUAUUUAGCUUCAGUGCUACAAACCUUGAGAAGCCAAGUAAGGAUUUCCAUUUUGAUACUUUCAGCAGAACAUGUGUGGAGAACCCAUAUGCAUCGAGGCAUAAGGGAAUCGAGGUUGAAAAUGGAUAUGACACUUUUGAUUUUCGUUCUAACGAAACUAUACCUGCUAUGCAUUUACUCAGUCUCAUGCAUGCGGGACCUAGUUCUGGUCAAAACAUUGAUGUAGGUGGAGAUGAUAGGUUCUCGAAAUAUCCUUCCUUUCCAUGUGGGUAUCAUUCAAAGGAAAUUCCUGGCCGAGCAUUGAGUCUACACAAGCCAUCUGAUCCAUUGAAAUGCACAUCUUCAGGUUACUGUCCUACAAAUUUCCUUCCAGGAAGAUACCAUGAACAUUCUACUGUCCCAAUCGUGAGUGCAUCUGCUUCCUUUGUUCAACCUGAUAAAUUUUUUGGGGGGGAUAAUGAAGGUAAUUUGCGUCUCCCUCUCAAGGUCCGUGAUAAAGGGAAGAGAAAAUGUUCUGAUCUAGCUGGACCAACUGGAGGCUCUACAUUCUCUAACCCUCUAGCAAGAAGUGCCUAUUCAGGAAUGAGUAAUGGAGGCAAUCUCUAUCAUAAAUCAGGGAAUUUCUUUGGCAUGCCAAAUCCUAGGAAUUUCUCACUGCACGAGGAAACCUCUGGAAAGGCUGAAAUGGACAUCCAUAAUAGAAGUGAAAGCAUUUGGCCUCUGAGAUGCAGUUCUGAGCCCGGAAUUUGCACAACUAAUCGGAACCCUGCGGACUUUAGCGUGCCAGAAGCAGGAAAUAUCUACACAAUUGGACGUAAUGACCUAAAAUUUGAAAAGAAAGUCCGAUUUCCGAAGAAGUCUGGCCUAGCUAAUCUGGAUGGUUUGAAAGAAAAGAGUAGCAUGAAGCUCACUGCUGGAUUUAGAAUUCCCCAGCACCAACUUGGUUGAAUCCCUCCCAAUAUUCACAAGUUCCGACAGGUGAGCAUCUUGGUUUUCUUGCUUAGUUGCCGCAAAAAAGAGCAUCUUGGACAGGGGUUUUUGGGGCUCUAGUGUACAGAAUGUGCAAGCUGAUUUGUGGUCCAGAAAUUUGCUGUUAGUCCUGACUCCGGAUCCAUCUCUAAGCUGACUUCAUGAAAAUACAACCAGGUAAGGCCUGUAAAUUUGUGGGAAGUUUGACCCUCUCAGAGUUCUCAAGCACAAGACUUCAGAGGUUAUGCAGUUAUAGAUGCUUGACUCUAUGAGAGUACCUCCAUGUUUUGUUUUGUGAUUUACCCUGGUAAUGAAUUUGUUUAGGAACAAUAGCAGGGCAUCGACACAACUAUUUGGCCGAGUGGGACACAUUACAAGUUUGUGCUUUUCUUUUGUUUUUUUUCUUGUUUAUCUUUCAUUUCAGCAGUUGUAAUAAGGGUGUUUGGCUACGGUGAAAGUGAGGACCUGGAAAUGUGGUUCGGUUGAAAUAAAGCAAAAGGAAAAAAGCAAAAGGAAAAGCAAACUGAAAACAUUAUAUUUUGGAUAUGGAAUUCCUCAGAAUUGCUUGAUGUACAAGAAAAACUUAAUCGACAUGCUUACCAUCUUAAGAUCAA